UUUAUGCAGUGAUUAUCGAGUUCCGUCAGAGGUAACUUGGCACUCUUGAAGACAGUCGCAGAAAAUUACCAACGACUAGAACUAUACGGCCAAAUAGAGUUUACCAGCAAACAAAAUAAUCGACUGUCAAUACUUAAUUCAAUCGGAAAUUAAUUGUUUCUAUGAUGCCGCAAUCGAGCUUAACUUGCUGCCCUUUUAUCAUGUUCAUCGUCUUCGUUCUCGUCCUGAUUUCCACGACCGGAUUUCCGGUGUCGGACGAGGCUUACCCUAGUUCGGCCUUCGAACACUGGAUUUAUGGAAAGUCAAAUUUAAAAGGAACCAGUUGGAAUAAGUGGUAUGCAAAUUCCGGCUCUUGGGCUAAUCUGACUGGUUCGUCGUGCGGAGGUAAACAGCAAUCACCAAUCAACAUCAAUCCAAGAUCGUCUGUGAGGAAAACCUUUCCCAAAUUUAGAUUUCACAACUAUGGCAACAUUGACAGAAUGAUACUGAUGAAUAACGGACAUACCGCAAUGUACAGUUUGCAAAGGAAAUUCCCCAAAGGCAGAAUUCCCUACAUCACCGGUGGCGGGCUGAACGGCACAUACGAAUUCGCCCAGUUCCACCUGCACUGGGGAAAUGACUCUACCAAAGGAAGCGAACACAUCAUCUCAUCCAAAAGCUACCCCGGGGAAUUGCAUUUAGUUCAUUUCAACACCAAGUACGGGACGUUUGCCGAUGCUACCGCUCAUUCCGACGGUCUGGCCGUCUUGGGGAUUUUUCUCAAGAUUGGCCCCGGAGAAAACCCAUUUUUCCGGCCGGUGGUCGACCAACUCGGUGACGUCCUCCGGAAUCACGAUGAAACUGUUUUAACCAACUUGGUUUCGUUCAAAGAACUUUUGCCCAAACAGACGACGUCGUUCUAUCGCUACAGCGGCUCGUUGACGACUCCUUUCUGUCAACAAAUUGUCAUCUGGACCGUAUUUGACACUCCGGUCGAAGUUUCCGAAAAACAGAUGAACAAGUUUAGAAAACUUGAGAAUCUAGAGGGUGAGCACCUCGUCAACAACUUCCGCCCGUCUCAGAAGAUGCACGACCGCACCGUCUUUUACAGGGCGCCUGGCGGAUGCGAAAUUCCGCACUCGUUACCCAUCACAUCCUUUUCCUUCGCUGUCCAGCUACUUGCUCUUUUCGGCUGCUUUUAAAAGUAGAGCGAAUGUGUAGGUGGUUUUCAACUUGUCUUGACUACAUCCGUAUACUUAGCCAUAUUUUAACUUAGAAAACUCUAACUGUGCGCAUAUAGUAGAUCUACAGAAAAUCCUUUUUUAAUUCAAAUUUAGUUUCUUAAUCGCUUGGACAAUAGAAUGUGCACAGGCAGCGGGACUGCGGAGUAUUUCUUAUGUAUGUUGAUUUGUAGUGUGGCGUUAUCUAGUGUAAAGUUGCGCUACUCAACUGUGGAAAUAUUCCAAUGCUUAUUUAUUGAGAAUAUACCCUGGUAUCCUA